CUUCGAGACAAGAGUGCGGCCAUUAUUUAUAACCCCAAAGAACAAACUCCAGAAGCCCUACGGGAAGCCAUAGAGGACAUGGGGUUUGUUGCUGCACCUACAGCCGCAGACCCACAACCUGUCCCAGUGGACACCAUGUUCCUCGCCAUUCCCGCUCAGGCCGCUUCCGCCCUCGACGAAAUCCGCAGCCGCCUCUUGCAGACUGAGGGCGUCUUGGACGUGAAAAGCUCCUCCGAUAAGAAAUCCCUGGUGGUCACUUUUGUGUCCGCUGUCAUCAACGGGAAGCAGGUCGGCCAAAUCGUGCCGGGGCUGAGUUUGGACUAUGCGGCCCGAGAGAGAGCCCCCGAAGAUGCGAACGUGUCCCAAAUGGGAGAUGUCGCGCUGAGGCUCAAAGUGGAGGGAAUGACCUGCCACUCCUGUACCAGUACCAUUGAAGGGAAAAUCGGGAAACUGCAAGGUGUCACGCGAGUCAAAGUCUCCCUGGACAAUCAGGAAGCGGUGGUUGUGUACCAGCCUCACAUCAUCACGGCCGAGGAAAUCAAAAACCAAAUCGAAGCGGCAGGUUUCCUGGCCUCCAUAAAGAAGCCGCCCAAACUCCUCAACCUCGGCGCUAUCGAUGUGGAGCGGCUGAAGAACGCGCAGGCCAAAAGCUCACCGACAUCCCCACCGUUGAGUCCGAAGGAUGGUCUCAACCUUCAGACCGCCAGGUUCCGGGUGGACGGCAUGCACUGCAAAUCGUGCGUCUUCAAUAUUCAGUCCAGCCUCUCGACGCUCCCUGCCGUGGCCAGCAUUGACGUUUCGUUAGAGGACAGAUCGGCCACCGUAAAGUACAACCCCAGCCUCAUCAGUAUCAACACACUGAGAAGAGCCAUAGAAGCUGUGUCCCCCGAGACCUUCACGGUCAGCCUUUGCGAUGGACAUGAAAACACCGAGGUCCCGAAGUCUCCGGUGAAGUCUCCAAGGGUCGCCAACAGUCCUGCGCAUCACCCCUUGAUGCACGUCACUGUGAUGGAUGUAGAGGGAAUGACUUGCCAGUCUUGCGUCCAGUCUAUUGAGGGAGUGAUUUCUCAAAAGCCAGGGGUGAAGUCAAUCCGUGUGUCGCUACAGAACCGUAAUGCAACCAUCGAGUAUGACCCCGCGCAGACUUCCCCGGAUGACUUACGAAACGCCAUUGAGGACAUGGGUUUUGAUGCUUCCUUAACAGUGACACCAAGCCCGGAUCCUGUGGUGCUCAUAACUCAGCCUUCCCAGGAAAGGAUGGCAGAAUCCCAGAAUAAUAAACUCUCCAAAACAGAGACUCGCUCCAAACCGUCCCCAGUCCAUGAGAAUCAGGAUGGAAACCCACCCUCGAAAUGCUACAUUCAGGUCACUGGUAUGACAUGCGCUUCGUGCGUGGCCAACAUCGAAAGGAACUUGAAGAGAGAAGAAGGGAUAUCCUCUGUCCUCGUGGCCUUGAUGGCCGGGAAGGCGGAAGUCAGGUACAAUCCCGCUGUCAUCCAGCCGCCGCUUGUUGCCGAACUGAUUCGAGAACUGGGGUUCGGAGCCACCGUCCUGGAGAACUAUGACCAAGGAGAUGGCGUCCUGGAGCUGGUGGUGAAAGGAAUGACGUGUGCCUCCUGCGUCCAUAAGAUCGAAUCCAUGCUCAUGAAAACCACAGGGGUCCUGUACAGUUCGGUUGCCCUCGCGACCAACAAGGCGCACAUUAAGUACGACCCCGAGAUUAUUGGCCCUCGCAGCAUCAUGCGAGUCAUAGAGGAUUUAGGAUUUAAAGCUGCGUUGGUGAAGAAAGACCGAAGUGCAAGCCACUUAGAUCACAAGCAGGAAAUAAGGCAAUGGAAACGCUCCUUCCUCGUCAGCCUGUUCUUCUGCAUCCCUGUGAUGGGGCUCAUGAUUUACAUGAUGGCGAUGGACAGCCACAUGUCUGCGACACACCACGCUGGGAACGUGACCCAAGGAGACACGGAGGAGCACCACUCGGCCAUGUUCCUGGAGCAGCAAGUCCUCCCUGGGCUGUCCGUCAUGAAUUUGCUCUCCUUCCUGCUCUGCGUCCCUGUCCAGAUCUUUGGGGGCUGGCACUUCUACAUCCAGGCCUACAAAGCACUGAAGCACCGGACGGCCAACAUGGACGUGCUGAUCGUCCUGGCCACCACCAUUGCCUUCGUCUACUCCCUUGUUGUCGUCUUGGUGGCAAUGGCCGAGAGGGCAAAGGUCAACCCCGUGACCUUCUUUGACACCCCGCCAAUGCUCUUCGUCUUCAUAGCCCUGGGACGAUGGCUGGAGCACAUUGCCAAGGGGAAAACCUCAGAAGCGCUCGCAAAGCUCAUCUCGCUGCAAGCCACGGAGGCGACUGUUGUGACGCUGGGCUCAGACAACAUCCUGCUGAGCGAAGAACAAGUGGAUGUCGAAUUGGUUCAGCGGGGCGACAUUAUCAAAGUGGUCCCGGGGGGCAAGUUUCCGGUGGACGGCCGUGUCAUCGAAGGGCAUUCGAUGGUGGACGAGUCACUCAUCACAGGAGAAGCGAUGCCCGUCACCAAAAAACCCGGCAGCACCGUCAUUGCCGGUUCCAUCAACCAGAAUGGCUCCCUGCUGGUCUCCGCGACCCACGUUGGGGCCGACACCACUCUCUCCCAGAUUGUCAAACUGGUGGAAGAAGCCCAAACUUCCAAGGCUCCAAUUCAGCAGUUUGCCGACAAAAUCAGUGGCUACUUCGUUCCUUUUAUCGUUGGCGUUUCGGUGCUUACCCUCUUUGCCUGGAUAGUGAUCGGGUUUGUCGACUUCGAAAUUGUGGAAAUCUACUUCCCUGGUUACAAUAAGAGCAUCUCCAAAGCCGAGGUGGUCAUCCGCUUCGCUUUCCAGGCCUCCAUUACCGUGCUGUGCAUCGCCUGCCCUUGCUCCCUGGGACUAGCAACUCCAACCGCGGUAAUGGUGGGGACCGGCGUUGGAGCGCAAAAUGGCAUCUUGAUCAAAGGCGGAGAGCCGCUGGAGAUGGCGCAUAAGGUGAAGAUUGUGGUGUUUGAUAAGACCGGGACGAUCACUCACGGCACACCGGUGGUGAUGCAACUGAAGAUGUUGGUUGAGAGCAACCGGAUGCCACGCAAUACAAUCCUGGCGCUGGUGGGGACGGCGGAGAGCAGCAGCGAGCACCCGCUGGGGGCGGCCAUCACCAAGUACUGCAAACAGGAAUUGAACACCGAGACCCUUGGAACCUGCACGGAUUUCCAAGUGGUCCCCGGCUGCGGCAUCCGCUGCAAGGUCACCAACAUCGAAUCCCUGAUCUACCGGAGGAGCGAGAGCCUCGAAGAGAACAACGUGAGGAACGCUGCCCUGGUGAACAUCGACGAUGGGGAGCCAAUGCAGCCCGCCUUGAUUAUCGAUGAACAGCUGCCAACCACAUGGAAUCGUCACAAAUACUCCGUUCUCAUUGGGAACCGGGAGUGGAUGUCUCGGAACGGCCUUCAGGUCAAGAAUGACGUGGACCACGCCAUGACCGAGCACGAGCGACGCGGGCGCACCGCUGUUCUUGUGGCCGUGGACGGCGAACUCUGUGGCUUGGUAGCCAUUGCUGAUACGGUGAAACCCGAAGCGGAGCUGGCGGUCCGUACGUUGAAGGCGAUGGGCUUGGAAGUCAUCUUAAUGACUGGUGACAACAGCAAGACCGCAAGGUCCAUUGCUUCUCAGGUGGGCAUCUCCAAAGUGUUUGCCGAGGUGUUGCCUUCGCACAAAGUGGCCAAAGUGAAGCAGCUGCAGGACGAAGGGAAGCGGGUGGCCAUGGUGGGCGAUGGGAUCAACGACUCACCAGCUCUCGCCAUGGCCAGCGUGGGCAUCGCCAUCGGCACCGGCACCGACGUGGCCAUCGAGGCGGCCGACGUGGUCUUGAUCAGGAACGAUUUGCUGGAUGUCGUGGCAAGUAUUGAUCUAUCGCGGAAGACUGUCAGAAGGAUACGGAUCAACUUUGUCUUUGCCCUCAUUUACAACCUGGUUGGCGUCCCGGUAGCUGCUGGCGUCUUCCUUCCCAUCGGUUUGGUGCUGCAGCCUUGGAUGGGAUCGGCGGCAAUGGCAGCCUCCUCCGUUUCUGUGGUCCUCUCUUCCCUGAUGCUCAGACUGUAUCGGAAGCCCACCUCGGAGGAGUACGAGCACCGUGCCCGGGGCCAGGCGAGGCAGAAGAGCCCCUCGGAGGUCAGCGUCCAUAUCGGGAUCGACGAGAGCGGGCCAGAGUCGCCCAAACUGACCCUCAUGGACCGCAUCCUCAACUACAGCCGGAGCUCCAUCAACUCCCUCCUGUCGGACAAACGCUCGCGCAGCAGCAUCGUCCUCAGCGACCCGGACAAGCACUCGCUCCUCGUCGGGGAGGAAGACGACACGACGCUCUGAUGGAGAAAAGGGGGCGGCGGUGGGGGGCAGGCUUCUCAUUCUGGAGGUUGACUUGGCUGGACCUGGAACCAAGUUCGAACGCUCUUUGGGUUCCCAUUGCUCGUUGGAAUAGGACGCGGGGGAUUCCUUGGGUUCGAGAGAGGCGUGUAGGUAGUUCUUGCACUGUUUUGCCAGUAUUCGGAAGCCGGAAAAGGAGGGAGAAUCAUGCACUGGAAGCCAAACGGAGCAGUGAUGCCACGCUGUGCUUCGAGUGGGUCUGAGGACCGCCUUUGGGAUCAAGAAAGGGUUUCCAAGGCCUUUCUUUGCAAGCUGCGUGGCAUUUAUUGUCGGCUGGCAACCAUGACGCUUUCCGUCUUUUUUUUAAUAAUUUGCAAAACGGAUGUGCCUUAUCGCUUAACGUUCAGGAUUUCCCUUCUUCCUCGAGGGUAAAUUGCGAAAGCGGCAUUCUCCCAUCGGAAUGUAGUCUUUUCUGGGGUCCGGAAUGUGGUCUUUUCCGUGUCCCUAAUGUAGUUUUUUCCGUGUCCUGGAAUGUAGUCUUUUCCGUGGCCCGGAAUGUGGUCUUUUCCAUGUCCUGGAAAGUAGUUUUUUCUGUGUCCCGAAAAGUAGUCUUUUCUGUGUCCCGGAAAGUAGUCUUUUCCGUGGCCCGGAAAGUAGUCUUUUCCAUGGCCCGGAAAGUAGUCUUUUCCGUGUCCCGGAAUGUGGACUUUGGCGUGGCCUAUGAAGUAGUCGUUUCC